AUGGCCGGCGACCACGAUACGUACCACUCCAAGGACGCCAUCAAGGCGGCCAUCUCCUCCUCUGCCGCCCUCGGUGGUGCCGGCUUCUUCAUUGCCGCUGUUCACAAUGCCCUCCAGAAGCAGAAUGUUGGCGCCAUGUCCGUCUUCACCCGCAGCGGCGGCAUCAUCGCCGUGAUGGCGAUUGGUGGUGGCGCAUACGGCUUCACUAAGUCGGCAAUGGCCAACCUGAGAGAAAAGGACGACCCGUGGAACACCGCGACUGCCGGCUUCAUUGCCGGUUCAAUCCUCGGCAUGACAACCAGAAGAAUGCCCGUUGUGCUCGGCCUGGGUGCUGCCUUCGGCGCAUGGCAAGGAGUCUUUGAGGUCACCGGCGGACGCCUCAGAGGAUGGAACACGGCCGAAGUUGACGAAGCCGAUUUCGAGGGCAAGAUUGCUCAGCGCGCGGCCAAGAGACGCCCGAUCGAGGAGACGAUUGCAGAGCUUGGCGAGGGCCGUGGUAUCCGGCCGCCGGGCUACGAGGAGCGGAGACGUGAGCGGCUUAAGGAGAAGUACGGUGUUGAGAUCAACCCCGUCAAGGCAACUGUCGAGUAA